AUGUCGCAAAACAGGCCUGGCGGAGUGUUCUCUGGCUUGCGCAUGGGCGAGGUGGUGCGGGAAAAGGUGCAGGAUGGCCUCACCGGCGAGACGAGAGAAAUGCAAUAUACCCAGUGCAAGAUUGUUGGCAACGGCUCCUUUGGCGUGGUUUUCCAAACCAAAUUGACCCCUAGUGGAGAGGAUGCUGCCAUCAAGCGGGUUCUUCAAGACAAACGAUUCAAGAAUCGUGAAUUACAGAUCAUGCGAAUCGUUCGACAUCCCAACAUCGUCGAGUUGAAGGCCUUCUACUAUUCCAAUGGGGAACGGAAGGAUGAAGUUUACCUAAACCUCGUCCUCGAGUACGUCCCGGAAACCGUCUAUAGAGCCUCGCGCUACUUCAACAAGAUGAAAACCACCAUGCCAAUUCUUGAGGUCAAAUUGUACAUCUACCAGCUCUUCCGUUCGCUAGCCUACAUUCACUCGCAAGGGAUAUGUCAUCGAGACAUCAAGCCGCAGAAUCUCUUGCUUGAUCCCUCGACUGGCGUGUUGAAAUUGUGCGAUUUUGGGAGUGCAAAGAUUCUGGUUGAAAAUGAGCCGAACGUGUCCUACAUCUGUUCCAGAUACUACCGAGCUCCAGAGUUGAUUUUUGGUGCCACAAACUACACCACCAAGAUUGCAGAUGUCUGGUCUACGGGUUGUGUGAUGGCUGAGUUGAUGCUCGGUCAACCUCUCUUCCCGGGCGAGUCGGGUAUUGAUCAGCUUGUUGAGAUCAUCAAAGUGCUCGGGACACCAACGCGUGACCAGAUUCGUACGAUGAAUCCCAAUUACAUGGAGCACAAAUUCCCUCAGAUCAAACCUCAUCCGUUUAAUAAGGUUUUCCGGAAGGCUUCCCCUGAUGCCAUCGAAUUGAUCUCAGCUCUCCUGGAGUACACUCCAACCCAACGUCUGUCUGCCAUUGACGCGAUGGUCCAACCUUUCUUCGACGAGUUGAGGGACCCCAACACUCGUCUUCCCGACUCCCGACAUGCUGGUGGUGCCUCGCGCGAACUUCCACCUCUCUUUGAUUUCUCUCGUCAUGAACUUUCCAUUGCACCUCACCUCAACAACAAGCUCGUUCCUGCACACGCACGAUCACUUCUGGCGAGCAGGGGCCUUGACGUAGACAACUUCACUCCUCUUACAAAAGACGAGAUGAUGGCUCGCCUCGAUUGA